GGGAGGAAGGGAGGGCGCGCGGGGCGAGGGGCGGCGGCAGACCUCGCGGGACCCCAGCGGGACGCGCGGGCGGCGGUGGGAUGCGCGCUCUGGGCGGUGGGGCGCGGCGCUAGGGGCCCGGCGGGGCGUCCCCAGGCUGCGACCCCGCGGGACCCUCCCCUCCGACCGCCGCCUUCGCAGUCCGCGCGCGGGAGCAUGAGUCCCGGCAGGAGCCCCACGGCCGCCGGCUGCGCGUAGGACGGCGAUAGGCGCCCUGGAGGACCCGCCGGCCGCCCGGCUCCACCGCAGCUCCAGCUGCCUGCAGCGGGGCGCUCCCGAGGCCCCGGAGGAAGGAACCAUGAAAGUGAGAUCGGCCGGCGGUGAUGGAGAUGCCCUGUGCGUUACAGAAGAGGACCUGGCAGGUGACGACGAGGACAUGCCGACCUUCCCGUGCACCCAGGAGGGCCAGCCGGGCAUCCGCUGCAGCCGCUGCCAGAAGAACCUGUCUUUGCACACGUCGGUGCGGAUUCUUUACCUCUUCCUGGCCCUGCUCCUGGUGGCCGUGGCUGUGCUAGCCUCUCUGGUUUUCAGAAAAGUGGACUCUCUCUCCGAAGACAUCUCCUUGACCCAGUCUAUUUAUGACAAGAAGCUUGUGCGAAUGCAGAAGAAUCUCCAGGGCCUGGAUCCAAAAGCCCUGAACAACUGCUCUUUCUGCCAUGAAGCUGGGCAGCUGGGGCCCGAGAUCCAAAAACUGCAGGAGGAGCUGGAGGGAAUUCAGAAGCUGCUCCUGGCCCAGGAGGUGCAGCUGGACCAGACCUUGCAGGCCCAGGAGGUGCUCUCCACCACCAGCAGGCAGAUCUCGCAGGAGAUGGGUAGUUGCUCCUUCUCCAUCCACCAGGUUAACCAGUCUCUGGGGCUCUUCCUGGCCCAGGUGAGAGGCUGGCAGGCCACCACAGCUGGCCUGGACCUCUCUUUGAAGGACCUCACCCAGGAAUGCUACGAUGUCAAGGCUGCAGUGCACCAGAUCAAUUUCACCGUGGGGCAGACUUCCGAGUGGAUCCACGGGAUCCAGCGGAAGACGGACGAGGAGACCCUGACCCUCCAGAAGAUUGUCACUGACUGGCAGAACUACACCCGGCUCUUCAGUGGCCUGCGUACCACCUCCACCAAGACUGGAGAGGCAGUCAAGAACAUCCAGGCCACCCUGGGGGCCUCCUCACAGCGCAUCAGCCAGAACUCUGAGAGCAUGCAUGACUUGGUACUGCAGGUCAUGGGCUUGCAGUUGCAGCUGGAUAACAUCUCGUCCCUCCUGGACGACCAUGAGGAGAACAUGCAUGAUCUCCAGUAUCACACCCGCUAUGCCCAGAACCGCACUGUGGAGAGGUUUGAGUCUCUGGAAGGACGCAUGGCUUCUCACGAGAUCGAAAUUGGUACCAUCUUCACCAACAUCAAUGCCACCGACAACCACGUGCACAGCAUGCUCAAGUACCUGGACGACGUGCGGCUCUCCUGCACGCUGGGCUUCCACACCCAUGCCGAGGAGCUCUACUACCUGAACAAGUCCGUCUCCCUCAUGCUGGGCACCACAGACCUGCUCCGAGAGCGCUUCAGCCUGCUCAGUGCCCGGCUGGACCUCAACGUCCGGAACCUCUCCAUGAUCGUGGAGGAGAUGAAGGCGGUGGACACACAGCAUGGAGAAAUCCUUCGCAAUGUCACCAUCAUACGAGGUGCCCCUGGCCCUCCAGGACCAAGAGGACUCAAAGGAGACAUGGGCGUGAAAGGGCCUGUUGGUGGCAGAGGCCCGAAGGGAGACCCCGGUGGCUUGGGACCCCCAGGACCCCAGGGUCCUCAGGGGCAACCUGGAGAGACUGGACCUAUGGGAGAAAGGGGCCCCAUUGGCCCUCGAGGGUUCCCAGGCCUCAAAGGCUCAAAGGGUAGCUUUGGAACCGGAGGACCAAGAGGACAGCCAGGUCUGAAAGGGGACUUGGGGCCCCCAGGACCAGAAGGGCCCCCGGGGUCUCCAGGGCCCUCAGGGCCUCAGGGAAAACCGGGGAUUGCAGGGAAGACAGGGUCACCAGGCCAGCGGGGCGCCAUGGGGCCUAAGGGUGAACCAGGGAUCCAGGGUCCCCCGGGCCUCCCUGGACCUCCAGGACCACCAGGAAGCCAGAGCUUCUACUGAGGAGGGCUCUGGAGCAGACACUGUCACAAAGAAUGCUGGAGGGGCAGAGAGCAGAUCCAGGCCCCAGAAAGCCUCACCUACAGAUAGCUGUGGUCCUCUGAUUCCAGUGAGGGGGUUCCCCAGGGCUGGCCCUGCAGCUUUGGCCUGCCCCAUAGUGACUGUAUCAUAGGAAAGCAGUCCCUACUCACACACACAUGCACAUAUGCACAUACUUGUGCACACACGUGCACACAUACACGUGCAGGCACACAGGUGC